UUGUAUGACACUCUGUUAAGCCAGACUGUCACCAAGUGCCAGACGGAACGCCCUGUCUGGGAGAUAAUAAUAAUAAAAAAUAAACAAGAAAAUAAUUAAAUAAAUAAAGAAAGUUCAGUGCUCGUGUGUGUUUGUGUGAAAUGAGUAGUGCAAUGGAAAUGACUACCAAAAGCUUAAUAGUGCUUAUAUGCGUGGCGGUUCUCUUCCGGGAAUCGAACGCGCGACCGCCCUGGCUCAGCCAAAACAGCGACGUGUUCAGGCAGUCCGCAGAGUGUCAUACAGACGACGAGCUCCUAGACCUCUGCCAAAGGUGUGCCAAGCUGACCAAGUCCAAGCUAGCAUUACCAGCUUGCUGUUCAACUGAUAUGGAAGCCAGGAAAUGGUGUUCAGACUACGUUUACUUCGGGCGAGGGGAAUAUGACUUCUAUGCCGAUUGAAAUAGAGAAUAGUAUUGCAUGUGUUUUACUUGUAGGAUCGUGUGUUGUGAGCGGUCCAUAAUGAGUUGUGUGGAUUUUCCUCCUGGCCUUAGCUGUCUUGGAGUUAUAAGAACAAUCGUU